AUGACUGUCCCAUCUAGAGCAGCUGCUAGCGCCAUCUCGCGCAGUUACCCCAAAAGCCUCCCCAUCCUGGUCGUAGGCACGUCCGUUCUUGCUGUUGGCGCCUACGUCAAAUCCCAGUUGGACACUCAGUCCGACAAUAUGGAUCGCUUCUUCUCCACAUACAACACCCCAGAAAGUGAGGCCUCCCGCCGGAAAACCUUUGAAGGCUAUCCCGACACUCGAACAAACGUGCUCAACAUGCUGGGACGGAAAUAA